AUGUCUCUUUCUAGUAAGUUGACUCUGGACAAAGUAGAUGUUAAGGGGAAAAGAGUCAUCAUGAGAGUAGACUUCAAUGUCCCCAUGAAGGACAACCAUAUCACAAACAAUCAAAGAAUCAAGGCUGCCAUCCCCAGCAUCAAACAUUGUCUGGAUAAGGGAGCAAAGUCCGUAGUCCUCAUGAGUCACCUCGGCCGGCCUGAUGGUGUGCCUAUGCCAGAAAAAUAUUCUUUGGAGCCUGUUGCUGCUGAGCUCAAAUCCAUGCUGGGCAAGAAUGUUUUGUUCCUAAAGGACUGUGUGGGCUCUGAAGUAGAGAAAGCCUGUGCCAACCCAGAUACCGGGUCUGUCAUCCUGCUGGAGAACCUGCGCUUCCAUGUGGAAGAAGAAGGCAAAGGCGUGGAUUCUUCUGGAAAAAAGAUCAGCGCUGACCCGGCUAAAGUAGAAGCUUUCCGAGCAUCACUGUCCAAACUCGGUGAUGUCUACGUCAAUGAUGCUUUCGGCACUGCACAUAGGGCUCACAGUUCCAUGGUGGGGGUAAAUUUGCCCCAGAAGGCAUCUGGGUUUCUCAUGAAGAAGGAGCUAGAUUACUUUGCCAAGGUCUUAGAAAACCCGGAGAGACCCUUCCUGGCUAUCCUUGGUGGAGCCAAAGUGUCAGACAAGAUCCAACUCAUCAAAAACAUGUUAGACAAAGUCAAUUUCAUGAUUAUUGGAGGUGGGAUGGCUUACACCUUCCUAAAGGAACUAAAAAACAUGCAGAUUGGUGAUUCCUUGUUUGAUGAAGAGGGAGCAAAGAUUGUCAAAGAAAUCAUGGCCAAAGCAGAAAAGAACGGUGUAAAGAUAACCUUCCCUGUUGAUUUUGUAACUGCAGACAAGUUUGAGGAAAAUGCAAAAGUGGGAGAAGCCACUCUGGAGUCUGGCAUACCAGCCGGCUGGAUGGGCUUGGACUGUGGCCCCGAGAGCAUUAAAAACAAUGCUCAAAUUGUGGCUCAAGCAAAGCUUAUUAUCUGGAAUGGACCCAUGGGCGUGUUUGAAUGGGAAGCCUUUGCUAAAGGAACCAAAGCCCUCAUGGAUGAAGUUGUAAAGGCCACCUCCAAGGGCUGUGUCACCAUUAUAGGGGGUGGAGACACUGCUACUUGCUGUGCCAAAUGGGACACUGAAAACAAGGUCAGCCAUGUGAGCACAGGAGGCGGGGCAAGUCUCGAGCUUCUGGAAGGUAAAGUGCUUCCUGGGGUAGAAGCCCUCAGCAACAUGUAA